CCCUUCUCAGCCACGCUGACCCAUGGGCGCUUACCAUCAUGACGUAGCGUCGUCAGGUAAAGUGACAGCACAGGGACGCCGUGACCGCCGAGUGAACUUCGCAGGAGGAAAUACACCCAAGAAGAGGUGGCGGUUCAGCCAGACAAGCAGCGACGAGGCGGCGUCGUUCUCAACACCACAGAUGCCGGGGCAACUUGAUAACUUGAAGUCCAGAAAGCGGAAGAGCAGCUCUGAAGCCAGAAAGAGAAAAAGAUGUCUAAAAAGCCAGAAGACGCGCUCAAAGACGGAUGGCAUUUCAGCAGCCCGGUCCAACGAAACAGCCGAUCCUCUGGAGAGAUUGUCUCGCAUCACCUGUGAAUGCCACGAGCUGGCUGGCGGGAGGAGGUGUUCGGCCUCACCGGAGCUGGAAGGACGGGAGGGUAAAGAGAACGAGCUGAGGACAGAGGAGGAUUUCAACGGCUGCAGAGCAAACAGCGCCUGUAUCAAAACGGAAACAGAGAAUAUGGACUAUGAAGAAAAUUAUAAGAACUUAUUCCCAGAUGAUGACAGUAACCAGAUCCUUCCUGUUGAGCAGUUCUUUGGAAAUCUGGAUAUUGUACAGGAUGUUCCUCAAAGGUCACCAGCUACUUGUUCCAGCACUAAAAAGAAGAGCAGAAGACGGCAUUACUACGCACGGGAGGACAGCGAUGAAGAGGAGGUGUGCCCCAGCUGCGCACCGCAGGACGGAGACGUGAGCGAUUUCUGAAAGAGUCGGAGGCAAGAAUCUCCCAGCACUUAAAAAACAAAAAAAUCGAGUAGAGGAACUACCUUCCAGACACUGCAUUCCUUUUGUUUGGAUGCAAAUUUUUAUUGUUGGAAAUGUACAAAUAUUUCCUCCCUACAUUUUAUUUAUCCAGAUCCCUCAAAAUGUUUAUAUUUUCUAACGUGCAGUAAAAGAAAAUGUCUACCUGCGACUCUAAUGAAGUAGCAAACUCAAAGUUUUAGGAGUGGGACCAAAUAUUGAUAAGAAUUAUGUUAGAGAUCAGGAUUGGCUCAUAUUCAGCGUCAUUCUGACAAAAAGUAGAGAUAAAUAUAGCAAUUUGAUAUUUUUUAGGCCUGUGAAGUCAAACUGCAAAGCAAUAAUGUGUCUUUCACGUUCGGUUUUGUACAUUUAGAAUCAUAGUUUUCAAUUUAAUCAAAGGAAAAAUAUAAAUUUUUGUUAAUUAUGGUUAAAAAAGAAUCAAAUUAUAGUUAAAGAUGAAUCAGAAUCAGCUAAGAAUAAUGGCAGAAAUUGGUAUUGGCCUUGUGAAGCAGAGAUUUUCAGCUUUCUUCGUGCAACACCAGAACGGAUUCAUCCCGCUUUGUUUUGUUGCUUCACGGCAUGUUGGGAGAUAAACGUGACGAUAAAAAAAAAACACUUCUGGUUUUUGGAUUUGUGCUAGUUUGACAAAUGAUGUGUCUGAGAAACAAAGGUUCUGAUUUUAUUUCUAAAUUGAGUUCAGGCAUUUUGUAUUCAGUUGCAUGCGUUGAUUGCUGUGUCGUAUUUCAGGCCACAGAUCUCUAAUCCUCAUUCUUAAAGUUCAGUUUAAGAUCCUAAGAAACUAAAAUGGUCAAAAUGGGUCAUUUGUUCCAAAUAAGUUAAAAACACACCAAGUGCUUGUUAACGUUUAACUACCUGAUUCCAGUCGACGUGAAUGUGACGAGGAAGCAAUGAGAACAUCUGUAAAAGAAGCUUUUAUUUUGAAAAAUCAGAUGUUUUGGCCAAACAUUGUUCACCAAGUGUCUAAACUCCAUCCUCAAAGGUUUUUGGCAGAAACAUCUGUAAAAACAUCUGUGCAGCUAAUUUUCAAUGACAUGUUUGUUUAUAGAGAAAAAUAUAUAAAGUAUCAGAUAAAAAAGAUCGAUUUAAAAAUCUAGUUUUUGAGUAAUCUGUCGCUAACAAACCUGAUUAAACCCUGACAAGCUGACCAGCAGUUGCACUGGUCCAGCCUGUUGUAUUUUGUAUAUAGCUGAUUGUUCUGGUGAUAACAUCUUGUAUAUAAUGUACUGCCUUAUUUAUAGAUACACUGUCAAAAGUAUGCAGCUUUGACUGACUGAAUGUCUUACUCGUCAAGCAGCCUUCAUAAUCCGUCCGUAUAUUCCACGUCUCUGUGCCAGUGUGGGCUAGAUAUAAAUGUAUUCCAUGAUUACAACGUUUAAGUGCUUUUUUACAGAACGCUCUUCUGUUUCACGUGAUUUCUGGAUGACUUGUUGAUUUGAUCUGACGGCUUGAACAGAUUAAAAACGUGUUCUGGUUUAAA